AAAAUGGCGAGCCACAAGACGGCUCUUAGUGAUCAUUCUCUCAUUCCGCGUGUGAAACAGUAUCUCGAAGAAAACGUUCACAAGACUUAUGUAGAUGUCGAUGAAAUGACUCAGUCGUUAAUGGGCCGAUACCAAGAAUACUCGCGCCGAAAAAUGAUCCCUUUCCGAACAAUGGUUGAGCUUGCUUACAAAACAGUUCUUCACUCUUAUGGAAUGGAUAGUAAUCCUGCUUCUGAUAAUGAAGACGGUGGAUCUGAUUUAGAAGUUAUGGAUGAAGUAAGUAACGGUAAUCAUAUGAAUAAUGCCUUGACAAAUAUGUAUUUGAAAAAGAGUGGCAACCCAGCAACAGUCACAUCAACAGAAGAUCCUGCAAUCAGCAUUGACAUCAGCAGCGAUGAAGAGGACAACGGUGAAAAACCUGAAACAUCUCAAUCAAUUGAAAAUGCAAAAGCAACGUCGAUGAAAGCAAAACAAUCACUUCUAAUUCAGCAAUCUGUCUCACAGUCAGCUUCGUGUGCAAAUGGAACAAAAGCAAAUGCUUUCAAUGAAUUAAUUGAAAAAUCACAAGCAACAUCAACUGGACAAAAAAAGCGUCGCAUUGAACAAUCAGAAGAAUCACCGACUCAAUCCUCGAAUCAAAAUCAACAACAAACAACGCAACAACAGUCGAAACCAAAGAAAUUUAAAAAAGAAGUUUACGCUAAAAAGUCAUCUGUGACGUUUGCAGAUGUCGGAGGAAUGGAUAAAGCAUUGAAGGAACUUUGUGAAUUGAUUCUUCACAUCAAACAUCCAGAAAUGUAUCGACACAUCGGCUUACCACCGCCUCGAGGGUUCUUGCUGCAUGGAGCACCAGGAACUGGCAAAACGCUUCUCGCUCAUGCCAUCGCAGGACAAUUGGAUGUGUUACUUGUUGAAGUGCCUGCAACGGAACUUGUGGCGGGUGUAUCUGGUGAAUCUGAAGAAAGAAUUCGUGAAAUUUUCGAGCAAGCUGCUUGUUUUUCACCAUGUGUCUUGUUUAUUGACGAAAUUGAUGCAAUUUCAUCGAAUCGUCAAACAGCUCAGAAAGAUAUGGAACGUCGUAUUGUUGCCCAAUUGUUAUCCUCAUUAGACAAUCUUUCAAAACUCAAAUUUGGUGAUCAGGUUUUAGUGAUUGGAGCUACAAAUCGUCCCGACUCGUUAGAUCCAGCUUUACGUCGUGUUGGACGCUUCGAUCACGAAAUAUCGCUCGGCAUUCCUGAUCGUAAUGCUCGCUCACAAAUUCUACAAAUUAUUUCACGUAAUUUAAAGCUUGAACGUCCAUUUGACUUUGAUGAAUUGGCUACUUUAACGCCUGGAUAUGUCGGAGCUGAUUUACUUGCAUUAGCAACACGAGCAGCUUCAACAGCGAUCAAACGAAUUAUUACUGAUAAAGAGACAAAAAGCUUAGAAGAAAGUUUAAAUGUUGUUGAAAAUGAAAAGAAAAUUGAGCCACCCGUCGUUAAUAUCGACGAUGAUUCUUUAUUAAUGGAAGUUGACGUUGAAAAAGAACCAAAAACGACUGAAGAUGAAUCAAAAAUUGUUGAUAAAAUUGAAGAAGAAAAGAAAGAAGAUGAAGGUGAAAAGAUUGUUGCCGAACCGGAACCAAUUCAACCAAUUGUUGAUACAAUAAUGGAAGAAGAUACAAAAAAAGUUGAAGAAACUUUAAGUGAUGUUAUAAAGAAACAACCAGAAGUGAAACUUCAACUGACGCUCGAUAAUAUGAUAAAAUGGCUUCAAAAUGAUGUUCAGCCAAUGACAAAUGAAGAAUUAGAGAAACUUGCUAUAACAAGAGACGAUUUCUUGGAUGCUGUCAAGCACGUCCAGCCAUCAGCUAAACGUGAAGGAUUUAUAACAGUUCCAGAUGUGACCUGGAAUGAUAUUGGCUCUCUUCAAGACAUUCGAAAUGAACUCAAACUUGCCAUCUUAGCUCCAGUCAAAUUUCCAGAAAAACUUCAGAAAUUAGGACUUCAGUCACCAUCUGGUGUGCUUUUAUGUGGUCCUCCUGGAUGCGGUAAAACUUUACUUGCCAAAGCAGUGGCUAAUGAAGCUGGCAUUAAUUUUAUUUCAGUUAAAGGUCCUGAGUUAUUGAAUAUGUACGUUGGUGAAAGUGAACGUGCAGUUCGACAAUGUUUCCAAAGAGCUCGCAACUCAGCUCCUUGUGUUAUCUUCUUUGACGAGUUUGAUUCAUUAUGUCCAAAACGAUCUGAUAGUGGAGAGAAUUCAAGUCAACGUGUUGUUAAUCAGUUGCUGACAGAAAUGGAUGGAAUUGAAGAGAGAAAAGGAGUUUUUCUUAUGGCAGCAACAAAUCGACCUGACAUUGUUGAUCCAGCAGUUCUCCGUCCUGGUCGUUUGGAUAAAAUUCUUUAUGUUGGAUUGCCGGAAGCAUCUGAUCGUGUUGAUAUAUUAAAAGCUUUGACAAAAAAUGGAACAAAACCUGAAUUAGCUGAAGAUGUUGACUUUACUGAAAUUUCUCAACUUACAAAUGGAUAUACUGGAGCAGAUCUUGCUGGAUUAGUUCGACAAGCUUCAUUACAAACUUUGAAAGAAUCAAUUGAUGGAAAUACAACUGAUGAUGACUUGAAAGUUUAUAAAGUUCAUUUUAUUGACGCAAUUAAAAAAAUUAAACCAUCAGUAACUGAACAAUUUAGAAAAAGCUUUAAAAUGAAGCUAAAAAAUAAAUUAAUUGUGAUAGCAUGUGUUUUGCUAGUUUUUAUCGCUAGUAUUGAUGCUGCCGAGAAAGAAUCAAAAAAGAAGAAGAAAUCAAAGAAGGUGAAAAAUGUUCAAUCAGAUGCAGCUAGAGAGCCACAAGCGCAACAGCCGAACCUUGAUGAAAACAAUGACUUUUAUCCUGAUGAAAAUUACGAUUAUGGAGAAGAAGAUAAUUUCAAUGGUGAAGCUCUUCAACCAGAAUCCGAAAGAGUAGAAGCAAGCACUGUUUUCUUCAGGCAGCCUGAUGAUGAAAUUCCAAGAACAAGACGUCCUAAUCCAGAACCAAUCGUUGCUCCUUUCUCUUGCAUGCAUGAGGGUAAAUGGUACAGAGAAAGAGAAGAAUUCAGAGAAGGUCCUGGUGGAUGUUCAGUUUGUCUCUGUGUGAACACUCAAGUGAAAUGUAACGAUGAAGCAUGUCCAAGACCAACAACAACAACUACACCUGCACCAACAACUCCAUUUGUUAAUGGACCAAGAGGUGAACUUGGAACUGAUGGUGAACGCGGAGAACCUGGUGAAAGAGGUCAACCUGGAUCACCCGGAACUCCAGGAAUUCCAGGCUCACCCGGGCCUCCUGGACCACCACCAGAUAUGAGCUAUUACAGUCAACAACUUGCUGACCAGAUGGGCGGAUCCGAUAAAGGCCCAAGCUAUGGACCGGAAGCUUUCCAAUAUAUGCAAGCAUCUACCGGUCCCGUAGGAGCUAGAGGGCCAACAGGACCUGUUGGAUCUCCUGGUCCGCAAGGUUUUCAAGGAAUUCGUGGUGAACCCGGUGAUUCUGGCCCUCCUGGACCACAUGGUGCACCUGGUUUAAUGGGUCCACCUGGUCCACCUGGAAAAGAUGGAGAAAAUGGAGAAGAUGGAGAAGCUGGUCCACUCGGAGCUCCGGGAACUCCAGGCCCUAGAGGUUUACCAGGAAUGCCUGGAGUGCCUGGUGUAAAGGGACAUCGUGGUUUGACUGGUCAAGAUGGUCCUAAAGGAGAAACAGGUUCAUCUGGAGAGAAAGGAAAUGUCGGUUCAAUGGGUCCUAUUGGACCUCCAGGAUCACCUGGAGCAGCUGGGCCACGAGGAGAACGGGGAAGAGAAGGCCCUCCCGGACCACAAGGUCUUCGUGGUAUUGACGGAAUACAAGGCCCUCCUGGUCCUACGGGAGCCAUUGGAAAACCUGGUGCUCCAGGAUUCCCUGGAAGCCCCGGAAACAAGGGAGACAUGGGUUCUCAAGGUCCGAAAGGAUCUCAAGGUCAACAGGGAGCUCGAGGAGAAUCUGGAAGACCAGGUUUGACAGGAGAAGCAGGCCCACCAGGUAUUUCUGGUAAAGAUGGAGCAUCUGGUGAAAAAGGAAGCCCUGGAAGUCAAGGUCCAUCAGGACCUAUCGGAUUUCCUGGCCCCAGAGGACCAGCAGGUUUAAAUGGAAGUCCUGGUGAACCUGGUGUAAAAGGAAUACCUGGAGUGCAAGGAGAAAGAGGCUUUAAAGGAGAAGCAGGCAUCAAAGGAGAAAUUGGAGCUCCAGGACCGAGAGGCAUACCAGGAGCUUUAGGACCUGAAGGAAAACGAGGAAAGCGCGGAAUGAAAGGGCCCACAGGUCCACAGGGUCCACAAGGUGAACGGGGUUCUCCUGGUAUCAUAGGUUUGCCAGGUCCCGAUGGAGUUGCUGGUCCAAAGGGUCAAUCAGGAGAUAGAGGUGCUCCUGGAACACAAGGUCCUAAAGGAAGCACUGGUGAUGUUGGGGCACCAGGAGUUCAAGGUGUGCAAGGCUUGAGAGGAUUACCAGGGCGUAUGGGACCAAUAGGAAAACCUGGAGCUCAAGGUGAACGAGGAAUACCUGGAUCUGAUGGAAAAGCUGGAGAAAUGGGACCUCAAGGUUUGCAAGGUUUACCUGGACCAAUGGGCUUACAAGGCGAUAAAGGAUUAACUGGAGAACGUGGAAAAGAUGGAGAACAAGGACCACAGGGUCAACCUGGUCCAAGGGGAGACAAUGGAUCUCCAGGAAGCCCUGGAAAUCAUGGACCACCAGGUCCACCCGGAAAUGAUGGCGAGCGUGGACCCUCAGGACAACCUGGCCCUCCUGGCUUCCAGGGGCUUCCUGGUUCUCCUGGAACUCAAGGUUUAGCAGGAAAAGAUGGACAACAAGGACCACCUGGAAAUCCUGGUCAAGCUGGAGCUCCAGGAAACAGAGGAGACAGAGGCUUCCCAGGAGAAAGGGGACCGACAGGAUUACCUGGUCUUCAAGGAGCUAAAGGAGAGACUGGAGUUCAAGGUUCAGAUGGUCCACCUGGACCACCUGGUGCUGUAGGAAUGAAGGGACAUCAGGGUUCACCUGGAAUGGUUGGAAUACCUGGUAUCAGAGGUCCAUCAGGAAUUCCAGGAGAAAAAGGAGAAAGAGGAUUAACUGGAAACCAAGGUCCCGAAGGUCCACCAGGAAGAAUCGGAGAAAGGGGACCACAAGGAAUAGUGGGUCCACCUGGACCUCCAGGAGAGCCUGCUGAAAGAGGUGAACAAGGUGCUCCAGGUCCUCAAGGUGAAACUGGUGCCCCAGGAGCGCUAGGCGAGAGAGGUGCACAGGGAGCUCAAGGUUUGCAAGGAUUCCCUGGAAGUCCUGGAGCUGUUGGUUUGCCUGGUGCCAAAGGAGAGAGAGGAUUCUCUGGAAACAAAGGUGAUCAAGGAAGUCCAGGAGUCGCAGGUGUUCCUGGAGAACAAGGGUCAAUGGGGCUGGUUGGAGCCACUGGUCCUAAAGGAACUAGAGGGGAACCUGGCCUUAGAGGUGAAAGUGGUUUGAUGGGACCACCUGGAAGACCAGGCGAACCGGGACAAGUUGGAGCUCCUGGUAGUCAGGGACAAAUUGGACAUCCUGGACCACCUGGUAUUAAGGGUGCUGCUGGUGAAAAUGGACGACCAGGUAACCCUGGUGCACAAGGAAAUCCUGGACCAAUGGGUCCUGAAGGUGCUAAAGGUGAACAUGGUAGUGAUGGUCCACAGGGAUUGCCUGGAAAUCAAGGACCACCUGGACCAACCGGCGAUAGAGGAUUACCAGGAUUACCUGGCGCAACUGGUUCUGUUGGUCAACGAGGAGCAAGAGGACCACCAGGUGAAUUUGGAGCUCCUGGAAAAGAAGGAAAGGAAGGUCCAGCUGGAGUUCCAGGUCCACAAGGAGAUCAGGGAUUACCUGGACCCGUUGGCUUACAAGGACCUGAAGGACCUUCUGGCAAACAAGGGCCACCUGGCAUUGCUGGUCGUCCUGGUGAUAAAGGACCUCAAGGUCAACAUGGAAACGCAGGAGAAAGAGGUUUGAGGGGAGAACAUGGACCACAAGGUAUUGAUGGGCCUAUUGGACCUAGAGGAAAAUCUGGACCUCCUGGAAACGAAGGAGCUAAAGGUGACAGAGGUGACAGUGGUGCAAAAGGAUCUAAAGGGCAUAGAGGUCUUGUUGGUUUACAAGGUUUGCCUGGAAGUCCUGGUAUGCCUGGUGAGAAAGGUUUGACAGGAAAUUCAGGAUUACAAGGUCCUCCUGGCGAGUCUGGUCCUAGAGGUCCACCAGGACGUGAUGGUGGUCUAGGCCCUCAGGGUAUUUCUGGCAAUAUAGGUCCACGUGGACCACCUGGAGGCGAAGGAAAGCCUGGACCACUUGGAUCUCAAGGGCCUCCUGGACCUCCUGGCCCAGCUGGUGAAUCAUUGGGAUAUGAUGCAGCCUCUUUAGCAGCUCUUCUUGGUCAUGGCGCUAAUACACAAAAGGGACCCGAUCCAAACGAUGAGCCAUUAAGACAAUUGAGCGAUGAUGAUAAGAGAGCAAUUGUAUUGAAAGCUUACGAAAAUCUCAAAGUUCGUUUUGAGAAAUUCAAGAAGCCGAAUGGAGAAAAAACUUAUCCAGCAAAGACUUGUCGUGACCUCGCAGUAGCUUAUCCAGAAUAUGAGUCAGGAAACUAUUGGAUUGAUCCAAAUGAUGGUGACAUAAGAGAUGCCAUCUUAGUGUACUGCGAUCUUAAAAGACGUGCAUCAUGUGUCGUCCCAGCUCCAAUGAAAUCAGAUGAAAUCAGCUAUCAAGGAAAAGAACCUGAAAUCUGGUUGAGCGAAAUUCCCAGAGGAAUGAAAAUGAAUUACAAAGCAGAUAGCAAUCAGCUUGGUUUCUUACAACUUCUUUCAUCUCAUGCAACUCAAAAUGUUACUUUCCAUUGUAAAAAGACAGUAGCAUACUUUGACAGCACUAAAAAUAAUUACAGACGUGGUCUUAAACUUUUGACAUGGAACGAUAAUGAACUUCUUCCAAAGGGACCUCAAAGACUGCAAUACGACACCAUUGAAGAUGGUUGUAGAAGUCGUAGAGAUUCGUGGUCAAAAACAGUUAUUUCUUACACUACUGAAAAAUCUUCAAGACUUCCACUCACUGAUAUCGCUGUGAGAGAUAUUUCUGAAUCAGGUCAAAAGUUCUGGGUUGAAAUAGGACCCGCUUGUUUCUAUUAAGUAGUUAAUUAAAAUUACAAAGUUUUUCAUUUCCCUUCUGGAAACAAAAAUGAUGUCAAAACUUUACUUUUUUCUGAAAGCUCGACCAAUUAUCAAAUUUUUUAUUUUCUGUUUAAUGCUGCCAAAAUAAUUUUGAAUCAGAUUAAAUAAAACAAAAACUGUGUAGCUGAUUACAUUGUAAGAACUGUUACAA